UUGUACAGUUCCGGUUGGUUGUUUGCAAUCCAUUUGUUUAUUUACAUAUUAACUACAUCUUAUAAGUAAGAAAACGUUAAGAAUGGGUGAUAAUCACUUAAUAACGUCCAUCUUUACGGAGUUUCAAAAAACUCUUGACGAAGAGCAAGAAUUGCGGGAGGUUAUCCGCACAGUAUGUAAGGAGGUUGAUCAAAUCUCACGGGAGGCGGUCACAAUACUGCAGGUCAUUCAUCACAGUGAGGACGGAAUUGCCCCGGCCUGCCAGCACGCUCGAGAGCUGUUUGAGAAGGCCCGCGCCGGCUACGCCAAGCUGCGGGAGACAGUGCCGGCUACAGAUUACUACAAGUACCACGACCACUGGCGCUUCAUGACCCAACGCUACUGCUUCCUCAUAUCACUGACCAUAUGGCUGGAGAAAGGCAUCCUGGCCACACAUGAGACAGUGGCUGAUGUGCUCGGCAUUAGUGCAGUGGAGGAGAAAGAAGGCUUUCACCUGGACGUGGAAGAUUACCUGGUCGGUCUACUGCAGAUGUGCACUGAACUGUCGCGGCUGGCGGUGAACGCCGUGACGCGCGGCGACUACGCGCGGCCGCUGCAGAUCUCCAAGUUCGUCAUGGAGCUCAACGCGGGCUUCAGACUCCUAAACCUGAAGAACGACCACCUCCGCAAGCGGUUCGACGCUCUCAAAUACGACGUGAAGAAGAUCGAGGAGGUCGUGUACGACCUCAGCAUCAGGGGUCUGCUGCCGCGACCGGACCCUGUCGCUGUUUAAACCACACGUGUCUCUCCUGUAGUCCUGUACACAAACAUUCACUUUUACAAACAUACAGAAAUAACUAAGGAUAGUGCUAAUGCUAACUCCAUAGACCAUACAUCAGUUUUCUUAUCAAAAUGCGGGUUAUUUGGUAGUCGGCAUCUAACGUCAAGUAGUGGAUUUAUCUACAGAUUUAAUAUAUACGCUAGAUGGCGCAAAUACCACGAUUUGUAUUGAAACCAAGCGUGCUGACUUUUUCGUACAAAAUUUACACAUAAUAUAAUUUUAAAAUUACUUAUCUGUGAUAGGAAAAUGUUCUUGCCUUUGGGUGCUCGCAAUUUUGGGCUGUUGCAAUUAAUUAUCACGCAACGAAGCAGUUUUUAAGUUUUCACGGACGUCCGGCUGCAACAACUGACGCGCGUGGACUGUAAAGAGCGACGGUCAACCUCGACGCUUGGUCUGGGUUCGGACACGCGAAGUAGAUGCAUUUGCGUCUUCUAUGGUAUAUUUAUUUCUGUGGAUUUAUCAGUAUCGCUACUUGACACCAGAUGUCGCGAGUCGCGACUGACGAAAUUAUUGCUAAGACAAUUUACAACUAAUAUUACAAGGAGUUGAAAAUAGAGUUCCGGUUAAUCCAGUUAUAAUAUUAGCUGAAAAUUGUUGAGCAUUAGACUUUUCGUUCUCCGCGACAUCUAUUGUCACCUAGAAGUACUGAAAAGUCCACUACUUGACGAAAAUAACCCGCGUUUUGGUAAGAGAACUAAUGUAUGGAGUUAAAAUCUCUACUUACUUAUUUCUCUAUGUUUACAACCAUACACGCAAAUUAACCUAUUAGUAUUGAAAUUAAAUGUGUGCGGCGCUACAUUGUGAAUCUUAUCUCAAUGCACGAAGGUUGAUAUUGGGCUGCAGCCGCGCUGGUCAGCUGACGUCUUUAGCGUUCAAACGGUAAGUUGGUUUUACUGUAAUAGGGUAGUUGGCAAUUUUUUUAAUGGUAUCAGUCGAUCAGGUUUGUUUUGAGGAUCAAAUGUCUGUAUGGGACUCAUCCCAUUGUCUUAAAGCAAUACAAAAGCCACAAAUGAUGGUCAAAGUCUGGCAUCGCCACUUUACUGAGCAAACAAUUUAAUUCAAAUAAUAUUAUGCCCCUUCAAAUCAUACGCGAAAUUAGGGAUCAAACUCUACUAUAUAAAAUCCUAAAUGGGCUGGUCGAUUCCCCGCUCCCCGCGCUGCUCUAAAUUAUUCGCUGUCCCUUUCCAUCGAACCACUUACGCAAAGAACAGUUUUAUCGUAAGAGCGUGUAAAAAUUACAAUGAUAAAUAUUCUCAUGUUGACUUGUUUUUCAUUCCGUCAGUACAAAAAUUUGUUUCUGCAAUUAAAGUGUAGCGGCUGUGAUUUCAAAUGCAGUGUUGAAUCAAACCUGCGACGUCACCAGAAGACGCACAACCGGAAGCACCAGAGAAUACUCACUGUUAAAUAACCUUACAAAUGUAGUAAUUGCGAGUACAAGUGCAGUAAAAGUUUUAAUUUACGACGACACGAAAGGACACAUACUGGCGAGAAACCUUUUACGUGCAGCUACUGUGAUUACAAAUGCAGUCGGAAGUCAAACUUACAACAACACCUGGUGAUACAUACUGGGGCGAAGCCAUUUCAGUGUAGCCACUGUGAUUACAAAUACAGUAAGAAGUCAGACUUACAAAGACACCUGAUGAUACAUACUGGGACGAAGCCAUUUCAGUGUAGCCACUGUGAUUACAAAUGCAGUCGGAAGUCAAACUUAUCAAUACACCUGAUGAAACAUACUGGGGCGAAGCCAUUUCAGUGUAGCCACUGUGAUGACAAAUGCAGUCAGAAGUCAGACAUCAAUACACCUGAUGAAACAUACUGGGGCGAAGCCAUUUCAGUGUAGCCACUGUGAUUACAAAUGCAGUAAGAAGUCAGACUUACAAAGACACCUGAUGAUACAUACUGGGGCGAAGCCAUUUCAGUGUAGCCACUGUGAUUACAAAUGCAGUCAGAAGUCAGACUUACAAAGACACCUGAUGAUACAUACUGGGACGAAGCCAUUUCAGUGUAGCCACUGUGAUUACAAAUGCAGUCAGAAGUCAGACUUACAAAGACACCUGAUGAUACAUACUGGGACGAAGCCAUUUCAGUGUAGCCACUGUGAUUACAAAUGCAGUCAGAAGUCAGACUUACAAAGACACCUGAUGAUACAUACUGGGACGAAGCCAUUUCAGUGUAGCCAGUGUGAUUACAAAUGCAGUCGGAAGUCAAACUUAUCAAUACACCUGAUGAAACAUACUGGGGCGAAGCCAUUUCAGUGUAGCCACUGUGAUUACAAAUGCAGUCAGAAGUCAGACUUACAAAGACACCUGAUGACACAUACUUGGAUGAAGCCAUUUCAGUGUAGCCACUGUGAUUACAAAUGCAGUCAGAAGUCAGACUUACAAAGACACCUGAUGAUACAUACUGGGACGAAGCCAUUUCAGUGUAGCCACUGUGAUUACAAAUGCAGUCAGACUUACAAAGACACCUGAUGACACAUACUGGGAUGAAGCCAUUUCAGUGUAGCCACUGUGAUUACAAAUGCAGUCAGAAGUCAGACUUACAAAGACACCUGAUGAUACAUACUGGGACGAAGCCGUUUCAGUGUAGCCACUGUGAUUACAAAUGCAGUCAGAAGUCAGACUUACAAAGACACCUGAUGACACAUACUGGGAUGAAGCCAUUUCAGUGUAGCCACUGUGAUUACAAAUGCAGUCAGAAGUCAGACUUACAAAGACACCUGAUGAUACAUACUGGGACGAAGCCAUUUCAGUGUAGCCACUGUGAUUACAAAUGCAGUCAGAAGUCAGACUUACAAAGACACCUGAUGAUACAUACUGGGACGAAGCCAUUUCAGUGUAGCCACUGUGAUUACAAAUGCAGUCAGAAGUCAGACUUACAAAGACACCUGAUGAUACAUACUGGGACGAAGCCAUUUCAGUGUAGCCACUGUGAUUACAAAUGCAGUCAGAAGGUAUCAUGAUAAAUUGCUCAUUUUCUAUCUAUUUAACCAGAUUUAGUUAUAAAAUUCAACAUGUGUCAACUACCCUAUUACCACCAACUAUUACUUUGAUUAUUACUAGCAGUAGUGUAGUAACAAAUGAGAAAAAAUAACCCAACAGUUACCAGUGGUAACAACUUCAUCUAGGAAUCACCCAUUGUUUUGAAACCAUAAUUGCUGUCAGUGUUGGCCGAACGCUAAUGCCAUUAACCAUUAAAAAUUAACAAUUAAAAAGGUUAAUGGCCAUUAACCAUUAGCCAUUUAAUUCGGAUUAAAGUUAAUUCGGAUUAAAUUUUUGAGACGUUAAUGGCCAUUGAAGUUAAUUCGGAUUAACUUUAAUUCGGAUUAACUUCAAUGGCCAUUAAAGUUUCAAAAAAUUAAUUAGAAUUACUCUCAAGUGCAUUAACGUCUAAUAAAAUUACAUUCGUGAUAUUUUAAAAUGAGACAGCAAAAUGACCCU